CGCAGAAAAGAGAAUGUCCGUCCUAAACUGGAAUAUUGCCUCCGUUGGAAAUUAUAUUUUGUUAUUAUUGUUAGAUUUACUGCUGGCUGCUUCCGGCUAUAUAUCAACGGGAACGAACGAACGAAAAGAUUCUAUACUUAAAGUUCACGGCUUUCACCACUGAUCUCUCUAGCACUUGCACAGCUGUUAUUCUCUAUUGGCGGCACUAGCAGCGGGCUGGUUUGAAGAGACAGGAAGUAGCUUAGUUUACCGGAGGAAGCUGUGAAAGUUGGUGUAUCCAUAGAAACAGAGCAAUAGCUGUAUGAUCUCUGUGGCUGGUGAUGGCAAGAGCAGUGAUAGCACCUUUGCACGUUGGUGCCACAGCACCUGAGACAUUCAUGGUGCUUCAGCAAAGGAUCAGCACAGCAGAGGAGCAGGCACAAGCCUUAAUCCGUGAACUGGGAGUUCUGGGAGUAAAUAGCCAGGAACUCCUGGGGUCAAAAUCUAGUGAAACCUCUGGGAAUCCUCGACCUAUAAGUCCCUUUCAUGCUCGGACAGCAUUUAUAGGGGACAGUGAUGUCCUCUGGAAGAAUUAUGAGUCCUUGGUUAGCAGAGUAUGUAGGAUGGAAAGCACAAUUCAAACUCUUAAGCUGCACAUCUUCAGGCUACAGACAGAGAAGGAGCUGAACCCAAAUCAUUCAGCUCAUCUCACAGAGCGUUUGACUGCUCUCCAGGAAGAGCAUCUUCAGGAGCUGAAGAAGGUGCAGCGGGAGAUGAUGCGACUGCGCCAGCAACUAAGGGAGCUCAAUGAAGAGAAGGAAGCAGCACAGGAAGAAAUACAGAGACUGAGUGCAGCCUUGGAAACUGCAACAGCAACAAAGAUGGACAUUGCCUUAGCUGCUGAAGAGAUGAGAACGGUUAAAGGCAGGAUGAGCCGCAGACUGCAAGAGGUCAAAGAGCAACUGAGCCAAGAAAUAGCCCUGCGCUCCUCAUUGGAGGAGUCCCACACUGCUUUGCUGCAGAGGAUACAAGAUACAGAAAAGAUUGUGGAAGCUGAACGGAAAGAGGUACAUACGUUGCAAGAAGAAUGCCAUGUUUUACGGAAAGAUGUACAGUUAAACCGUGAGAGACUUCAGCAGGAACAAGAACGGGCAAACCAUUUGGAUCUGGCAUAUAAAGAACUAAAAAAUCAAGCAGAUGCAAAAGAUUCCAUUGUAUAUCAUCUUUCUGAAGAAGCAAAAAAUACUCAAGUAGCCUUCAGUAAAGUGCGUGACGAGAAUGCCCAGCUUCGGUCUGAGAUCCAGUCCUUGCAAGAGACAGCUGAAAAAGUGCAGGCACUAAAUGAUCAGCUGGACCACCAGUGUAAAGAACUCAGUUCCACACUUAGAGCUGCAACCAUGGAAAAUGCAAAACUCAUUAGUGAGCAUCAGUCAACUCUCAAGGCUGAACAAGAGAAACUGACGCAAAAACUCCAUGAACAGGACCUCUUAUUGGAUGCAGCACGAGCAAACAUUGCAUCAGAACUGAAGAGUGUCCAGACUGAGAGAGCACAGCUGCAGAAGAAACUUGAAUCCUUGAAUACAGAGUACCAGGAAAUGAAAAGGAAGGCUCAAACUGUGGAGGAAAAGGCAGCAGCACAGAAAACACUCCAUGAGACUAUUAUUGCUCGAAUGCACGGUGAGCUGGAAACUACUGUUCAAGAGAGAGACAGCUUUAGGAUGGAAAAAGAGGAACUCACAAGAAAGAUGAAGAAGGAAUUGAGUGAAGUCACCAAGGACAGAAAUGUAUUUGAAAUGGAACUGACUGCUAAUAAGCUGGAAUUAAGUGCACUGACAACUGCUUUGCGCAAUCAAGAGGAAGAGAAUGGGAGGCUAAUGGAACGUUUAGCAGCCCUGGAACAACAGCAGCAUGCCCAACAGCAAGUGGAGCAAGUCCUUGGUGAACUGACUGAAAGCAGAAAUAAACUUGCCUAUGACAAAGGGAAACUAGAGACCAAAGUACAACAACUGCAAGAAGAGCUGCAGUCCCUGACAACUACACAAUCUGAAAGUGUCCAGCUGCGUAAAUUGAAUAUAGCCCUGGAUGCCAAAUAUAAUCAGGCUAAUGCAGACCUGAGUUCCUGCAGGAUUGCUACUCAGAGGCUGGAGACUCAACUAAAACAGGCACAGUCUCUUUUAGAACGGAAAGAGGAAGAAUUUUCUUUGGCUAUAAAAUCCCGUGAUGAGGCACUGAGAGAAGUUCAGAAAUUAAAGGGGCAUUCUGAAGCUUUAGAAGAGAGGGAUAGGCAGAAGAUUGGAAACCUUCAACGACAAUUAUCAGAGUCAAAGCAGGACAAUGGUAAAAUGGCAUCCACUUUGGAGAAUGUGUUAGCAUCUCAUACAAAGCUCCAGCAAAUCUUAGAGAAGUUGCAAAUGGAACUGGGAAGUAAGGACAGUGAGCUAAUCAAUCUGCGGCGUGAAAGAUCACAAAAUCAGCAAGGAUGCCAGCAACUUCAGUCUGAAUUAGAAGCACUGCAAGCAAAGCUACUAUCUGUGGAAACCCAGUACAACAAUCAAGUAGAAUCUCUUCGCAGAUCACUGGAAACAUCACGAGAGGACAAUCGAAGACUUGCCUUGAGUCUGGAGCAAGCAUUGCAGACCAGCAGCAACCUGCAGAGUAAACGGAGCCACUUACAAGAUGAGCUAGACAAGCAAGAGCUACAGCAUCAGCAGCAGCUGAAUAACAAAGAUCAGGAAUUAGAUGAUGCCAAGACAGAGGCAAGAUUAUUUACAGAGCGCCUUGAAAUGCUAAAAAAACAGUUUAAGAAUGAGAGAGAAACUGCCAGAAAAGCAUUUCAAAAGGAGUUAGGAGAGCUCAAGAAAACACUAGAGGAAUCUGCCUCCAGAUCUUCAGAUGUUUCCAGAGCAAACAGAGAACUACGUCAGAAAAUGGUCGAACUGGAGAAGACUUCAGCCAAACAGAAAGCAAAGAUAAAAAGUCAGAAAGCACAGAUUAAACAUUAUUCGGAAACCAAAGUUAACAACAUUCGCAACACUGAGAGAAUCAAGGAAAUUGAAGCUGAAUUGAAGCAAAUGGAGACAGUCAAAGAGCAGUAUCAGAAGAAGAGCCAUGAACAGUCUCAGAUAAUUCAGAACUUUAUGACAGAAAUGACUAGUCUUCAGACAGAAAUUCAGGAACUAGCAAAGGGCCAACAUGAUGCAGUGCAGCUAAAUCGAAGGCAGGAGAUACAACUGGAGAAGGAAUGCAAGACAAGACAAGACUUGGAGGACAGAUGUCAGAAUCUUGAAGAAAACAUUAGGAAGCUAAAGAAGAGCAAAGAGGCAUUACAGGAGAAGCUAAAAGAAGCAAGCUUGGAAUCACAGCAGAUCUCCACUAAUUUAGAAGAGGCUCACAGAUGGUUCAAGUCAAGGUUUGAAGCUUUACAGACAGAGCUGGUUGAAACUCGAUGUCACAGUGACCCACAAAGUGACCUAACACAACAGAAAAUCAGCUGGGAGGCAGAAGAAGGCAAAAAUACUACAGCUGUUCCUUCUCCAGGGCAGUGGGUACAGCACUUUAAGGACAGACCUGUCAAACUACCUAGCCAAGCCUCUCUAAACAGAUGGGAGACAAAGCAUGAACUGAAACUGCUGUCCAGGAAGUACCAGGCUGAGAAGGACAAACAGUGAAGCUGUAGGCAUGUGAAGUCGAACUCUGACCCCACUGGAUUUCUUUUACUCUGCAUUGUGAUACAAAUACUUUUAUCAAAUGCCUGAACAACUGUAAUUACAUAGCCAUAUCUAUCUGGGCUAUUAUACUACCAUUUUGUGGAAUUAAAUAAUCAUGUGUUA